AUGGUUACUGACGGAGGGUUGAAGCUUUUCACAUACUGGUGCUCUGAACUAGGGCUGCUUGGAAUGGCACGCAUGUUAUUCUUCGACAGUGGCGACUGCGACCGCCUCGCCAGCUGGGCGGGCCUUGACUUUCAUGACUUCCAACUGUUUCUAGAUUACGCGGCGACAUUUCUGUCCAAUAUAGGUGAUUACUAUGGCUCUGAUGAUCAGAAGUUUGUGCCUCUGAUUGGCAAAGAGAAGCUGGGGAAAUUAGCUGCCUGUGCUUCUCCACGUGUAGUCGCUCUCUGGGAACAGAUCUGCGUCCCCAUGUUUCAAGAGCCGCCGCUAAGUCUUGGGCCACCAGGCGGACUGAUGCAGAGCUCGUAUUACCAGGGAUACGAGAACUGCGCAUCCUCAUUUCGGGAUAUGCGGCAUUGGCUUUCAGGGUUAUGCAAGAUCUAUCGAUUUCUCCCAGAGAAUACUCGGCUGAGAAGAGCGAGACUGCCUGCGGAAAGAGAAGUCCUAAGUAUCAUACAGGCUUCAGUAGCUGAAACAAGAACGCUAUGCAACGGCAAAAUUAGCGAUACGGUCCAAAGUGACCAAGUUAUCGAGCAUGAGAUGAUUGGUAAACUUCGGGAUAGCUCUAUCACUGGCGACCUUGCAGUUUAUAAAGAGUCCCAGAGCAUAUGGGUGACAAACAAAGCGCCAAAGGUAGAAGCUGCGCUUGGGUUUGUUGAGUCUUACAAAGAUCCACUGGGCGUCCGCAGUCUUGCUUAUUGCUCGAGUAUAAUAUUCCCCGGCAUUAACCUGCCCAACUGCUGCAUGAAAUAUUUGGUCAUGGGACUGGCAAACUCCUCUCAGAGAUAUCCCCGGGCAACUUCAAUUUUGAUCCCAACGACCCUCCGUCAAUUUACAUCACUGGGGAUCCAGUUAAGAACCCGGGCAGACCUGGACCGAACCACUGAUGGACUGCGUGGACUGGAGAACUAUGAUCCUGUUACAAAGAAAUGGAGUCAAGCGCAUAGUCAGGCCCACUACGUGAUAUUCCGGCAUCUCCUCCGCGACAGCCCCAACCUCUAUGCGGUUAAUGUUAUCACGCUUACUCAUAUCGCCGACAUUGCCAGCUGCCGUGACUUCUACGAGUCUCUUUCCAACGCGGACUUCGAAGCUUUAACAUGGACGGACAUAGUUGUUGCAAAGAAGGAUCCGCUCUCCCAGGCAAAUACAUUUACUCGGGGUGAUGCUGUCGAAUUACGAGAAUAUGAGCCAACAGCGGGAGGAGUCAUUCAAAGCUGGGCAGCAAGGGAGAUCCAGGGAGAUCCUGUUCUUCGUGCGCAGAGAAUAGCGUCGUCGAGUAUUUUGAUUUGUUCCAGUAUAGCUUACAGUCACUCAAUACGCCUCUAUUGGCGCGUACACUCGAAAGUCUUCAAGUAG